GGCUCCUCCCCUUCAGUCUUGCACAGGUGUACCGGCUCCUCCCCUUCAGGCAAUCUUGCACAGGUGUACCGGCUCCUCCCCUUCAGUCUUGCACAGGUGUACAUGCUCCUCCCCUUCAGUAUUGUACAGGUAUCCCGGCUCCUCCCCUUCAGUCUUGCACAGGUGUCCCAGCUCCUCCCCUUCAGUCUUGCACAGGUGUACAUGCUCCUCCCCUUCAGUAUUGCACAGUUGUCCCUGCUCCUCCCCUUCAGCCUUGCACAGGUGUCCCGGCUCCUCCCCUUCAGUCUUGCACAGGUGUCCCAGCUCCUCCCCUUCAGUCUUGCACAGGUGUACAGGCUCCUCCCCUUCAGUAUUGUACAGGUGUCCCGGCUCCUCCCCUUCAGUCUUGCACAGGUGUACAUGCUCCUCCCCUUCAGUAUUGUACUGGUGUCCCGGCUCCUCCCCUUUAGUCUUGCACAGGUGUCCCGACUCCUCCCCUUUAGUCUUGCACAGUUGUCCCAGCACCUCCCCUUCAGUCUUACACAGGUGUCCCGGCUCCUCCCCUUCAGUCUUGCGCAGGUGUCCCGGCUCCUCCCCUUCAGUCGCACAGGUGUCCUGGCUCCUCCCCUUCAGUCUUGCACAGGCGUAGCGGCUCCUCCCCUGAACUGAAACGGCUUACUCUGAUUUCACUGCACACUGUGAGCUUCUCACAAUGUGCAU